CGUCGUGCGCAGUGAACUUUCCGCGGUCCGACAGCCGACGGCGCCGUUGGACCGUAGCGGUUCCGGACAAUCCGACUCCCGACGAUUGACCGAACCGGAAUGUCACAGGAGCAAUGUGACGGACACGAAACCGGGAACCGUGGCCGUCCUCGGCGGGUGCCGCCACCCCAUCGGUGGUGGUGGUGCCCCCGGCGGAUGGACACUCGACGACGACAGCUACAACCUGGCUAAGUUUGACCAGACCAACGGAGCGUGGCCGAUCGAUUCGCCGCUACCGCUGCCAAAGUGGUCUGCCAAACGGGCCGAACCGUACGUCGUCGAAAAGGUCUGGCAGUAUGAAGAUCUGGUCGGACUGAUUGAAACCAAGCUGCAGCGGAUGCUCGAGGAGACUCAUUACAACACGGCGAACAACUUUGUGGAUUUUCACAAGGCAUACCGCGGCGCUCACAGCGCCACCACCUGUCCGGAUGGCGAUCUCAAGACACACUUCCAGAACUACGUGAUCCCGAUCAACCGUCGGCAUCACAUGUGCGUCAGCCUGGCGAUGGAGAUUGUGUCUAGGAUCGCAGAACAGCACCCGCAGCUCGCGAAGCACUUUUUCCUGGUUUCGUGCGAAGAGGCCGUCGAGGAGGCCGAGGCGUACGUCCUACAGUGCGAAGAGAAGGACAUCGAGCACGCCGGACCAGGGUUAGAGAAGGAGCACUCGAUGGUCGCGAUGAAAAUCGUGGUCGGAGGACGCGAGGGUGUGAUGGUGCUCGAUCCGGGCUACCACGUGGCGCGCGCCGUAACCGUAAUGAAGGACCAAUGCUAUCCGCAUACCGGCUGGUUUACCCAAUCGGACGAACCCCACUGCAAACGAGAGUACAGCUACGUACUGAGCCACCACAGUGCGAAUUUUAUCACCUGGACGGAGCGGAUGACCCGCCCUGGCAAGCCGCAGCAGUUCGAGAUGUCGUUGAUCUACGUCGAGCAACCGUACCGGACGGCGAUUGACGUCACCGUGCGGCGCAACUUGGUGUACAACUUCCGCUCGUUGCUGUCCCGCGACGCCAAGGGACGUGUCUGCGCCGGGAUGUACUUCCCGGUGGUUCCCAACCCAGCCGAUGCACAAGUGACGCUAUUCUACGACAGUGUCAACGACACCCAAGUCAAACAAAAGUUCAAGUUCUCGCUUUUUAAAGAUCCCCUAAUGAUUCCCGAGAACGUUUUGGCUCAUUUGGAAAAUCUAGCGCCACAGCUGCGGAUGGAGCAGAGCGAGCUGGCCACGCUGAUGGGCGACCUGGCGGAUUCCGUGCUCGAUGGUGACUUUGUGAAGCAGGUGCUGGAGAUCAACAACAGCAUCACGGAGAUGUCGGCCGACAACUAAGUAUCACACACACACAUCGCUUGUUCGCUUUCACGUGCACGAAGACGAUGACGACGGCAGGAAACCCACCCCAAGAGAGCGUGGACAGUUGCAGUAGCACACGCAUUGGAACCUUGAUUUAACAAUAACUUUUUUUUUGUUUUGCUUCAGAGCAUUUCCACAUUGAUAAACUUGAUUCAUUCUACACGCUAUGAAUAUGUAAAACACUACAAACACACACCUUAACCAUAUCUAACCAAACUAUGCCAGAUAAAACUACUAUGAAAUACAACAAAACGGCAGAAUUUAGCAGUAUCUUGCAAGGUAAACACAAUCAAGACACUAGAUUUUCCAGAAUAUCAACACCUAUGAGCAGUGAAAGCAACCACAGUUUAAGGAGUAGGAUCUUAUUCACUAUUUGUACUAUUAUUAUCUCGGGAUGAAGGGUCUUUAGGUAUCGUAACAACUUGUAAUAACGUUUAACUAGUUUGACAGAGCAGCAGUUCCGCACUACACAUACACACGAUAGGUAACCGAUUGAUUUUGAGCUUUUGUUUGUGUAGUGACGGACGGACGCGCGGAAACUGUGUUUGAAUAUGUUACACACUUGUGUAUUGGCUAUAAGAUAAAAUAUUUGCAUUCUAAUCAAUAAAUAUCCAUUUGAAACCGCUUGACAAAGAA